CUGAGGCGGCGGCGGCGGGAGCCGCUCCCGGCCCCGCGGGAGGGACGGAGCGGGCGGCGGCGAUGGAGGAGCCGCUCUGCUGCUGCGAGUACGUGGACCGGCGCGGCCGGCGCAACCACCUGGCGGCGUGCUGCUGCGACUGCGAGGAGCUGGACGACGGCUGCGACAGGUGGCUGACGUGCAGAUCCCUGCCCCCGGGAGCGCUGGAGAGGAUCGCCGACACCAUCGCGGACCGGCUGCGGGUCCCCUGGUUCUCAGGGGCCGUGAAGAUCAACGUCAGCCUCGUGCCGCCGCUCGUCCUGCUGCCCGUCUUCCUCCACGUCGCCGCCCUGCACUUCCUGCUGGGGCUCAUCAUCCUGACGUCCCUGCCCGUUGUGGUGCUGUGGUAUUACUACCUCACCCACCGGAGGAAGGAACGGACUCUGUUCUUCUUGAGCCUGGGGCUCUUCUCCUUGGGAUAUAUGUACUAUGUGUUUCUCCGGGAGGUGGUUCCCCGGGGCCACGUGGAGCAUUCCCAGGUGGUCACUCUCACGUGCGGGUUAAUUCUUAUGCUUGCAGCCCUGUCUCGAGCCAAGAAGGACCCUGGCUACCUUCCCAUCCCAGCAGGCAACGAGAAGCCAUCGCACCAGGGUUUGCACAACAAGACUAUUAGAGGGAGCUCCGGCGGGCUCCAUGGCAUCUCAGGUGCUGCCAGCAGUCGUGCUGUGAAUGGGGAGGCUAAAGGUUAUUGCAGCAUGUCAGCUGAGCAGCCAGCAGGUGUGAAGAAGGACUGGUGCACUAAAUGCCAGCUGGUCAGGCCAGCCCGAGCAGGGCACUGCCGGCUUUGUGGCAGGUGCGUGAGGAGGCUGGACCAUCACUGUGUCUGGAUUAACAGCUGCGUAGGGGAGCAGAACCAUCAAGCUUUCAUCCUUGCACUCUCCUUCUUCAUGCUCACCUCUGUGUAUGGGAUUACCUUGACCCUGCACACCAUCUGUAGGGGCCGAAGUCUGUUUGUGGCAUUGUUCUACUGCCCCGGGGCCUAUUCUGACUACAGCUCUGCUCUGUCGUUCACCUGUGUGUGGUACUGUGCCAUUGUAACAGCUGGCAUGGGAUACAUCCUCCUUAUCCAGCUGUUGAACAUCAGCUACAACGUGACUGAGAGGGAAGCUCGGCUGGCUCUGCGGGACAACACUGGGCGCAGGCUGCUGGGUGGGUUAGUGAUAGACACUGGCCAGUACAACAGGGGACUCCUGUGCAACUGGGGCCACUUCCUGAGCCUGGGGGCUUCUCCUCCGCAGCGCUCUGCCGAGGACAUCGUGUGACACCCUCGUUCUGCAGAUGGCAUUGUGUCAUGGCUCACUGACUUUGUUUAGCAGGGGAGCAGCCCCUCCCGCCAGGACUCCUCCUCACACAACCUUUCCUCGUGGUCUUUAUGUGGGCUGUCCCCUCACUGACAACAGCAGAUGUUUUCCCUGGUGGAAUGGUUCUUCACAUGCUGUCAGCCAGCAAUAGGAUGCAGAAAGCAGUAAGCCAUAUGUGCAGGUGGGGAGAGGAGGAGCCUGCUGCCUUUUAUCACCGUGGGAAACAGCAAGAAGAGCACAAGGUUUUGAGAACUUGAGUUUCCCUUAGAUGUGAGUACUGGCAUCAGGAGGAAGCCCUGCUGCUGGGCUUCAGUGAGUGCACUGGUUCCUACAAAGGUUAAGGAAUCCCUGGAUUUGUACCUAUGUGUGCCAUUUUGGAGAUGUCAGAAGAGUGAACUUUGGACACAGAUAACAGAUGGAGCCCUGCAGAAACUGGUCUCUUGGACGAGAAGAGACUGUCUAGGCAGUCACUGGGCAGUGCUCUCUGGUGCAUUUAUUUAUUUAUUUUUACUAUCUCUGAUUCCAUCCAGCUGUGUACAUGCUUCUAUUAAGUGCCUUUGUGAGCUACAUUCCUGUAGGACUUUGUAUGAUCUCUUCACCUCUUGACCCCUAAAGUUGUUAUUCCAUCCCUGUCUGUCUAAAUGAGUGAAAAGAGAUCCCAUUGUUCUUUCUGCAAGCCGGGUCUGUAUUGGUUUGAAGGCUUUGCUCAUCUCCCUCAAAGUGUUUCUGCUCUGAUUAUGGGUUGUGACAUGUGACAGCAGGUAAAUACACCAAGUAAGGAGUUUUGAAGCAACAUGUGAAGUGAACUUUGAGGGCAAAAGAAGAGUGCUGUCUGUCUGGUAUUAGUGUAGCUUUACCUUCAUCCUAUGUCUGUGAGAGAGUAGGCAGUUCUGCUUUGGUAAGUAGCAUCUCAGUUGGGUUGCUGUCAGCACAGUGAUCUUGUCUCCUCUCGGCCCGGUUACGGUGGAGCUGCCUGACUAUAGAUCUGAUUUCUCAAGCCAAGAAGCCAAGGAACAGAUCAACCCUAAGGUACAUAGGAAGAGAUGGAGGAUGUGUUGAAGGUGUUUGUUUUUGGGAUAGAUGACCUGUACUGGCAGGUAAAUGAACCUGUUAAAAUGUGCUCUGCAAGAAUGCCAUUUUUUCCUCAUCAGCCUGCAACUGUAUUAUGGCCUGGACUCGAGCUUCAGCCAAAAUAACAAGGUUUUGGUGGCAGGUUUCUGGAUUUCAGGGUGGGAUUUUUUGUGGUUUUUUGGUUGAAGCCCUUUAUGUAUGCCGUUGGCCCUGCAGUAACAGGAGAGGUCUGGAAGAGCUGGGGACUGUGGCACAAGAAUUUCAGGUUGGGCCUAAGUUGCAAAAGCAGAGAUGGAGCUUUGUUCCUAGCUGUGGUGUUUUCAGAUGUGUGCAGUGUGCGUGGGUCAUGCCUGCCCCUGAGUGCACGGGCAUGGCAGGCAGCUGGGGGAUGUUGGGCAAGUGAUGCACAUUCACUGUGCUGCUGUGCAGUAGCUUUGAAGAAUAAAUGGAUGGUGCAUGAUGCCAAAAGAAAGCAGGGGCUGUCUGUUGGGAUCCCUGCCAUAUUUUUUGAGUGCUUCUCCUGAUAUGUCCCAGUUUAAGGUAAAGACUGUGUUGCUUUUUGCUCUGUUUGGUUUCCUGAAGUGGCACAUUUUAUAACCAGCAGAUAAUUAAGGAGCAGCUGCAUUUGGAAUGUGGCUAUACGGUUACUGAAUUUCCCUUAUUUCUUUCCCCUUUUCAUCCAGUAAAGCAGUUCUUUAUAAGGAGGUAAAGGGACAGCUCUUUUGCUUCCUACCUCCAACCAAGCACAGCAGAAAGUUCUGACCACUUUCUUGACUCUAAUGUGAAUAAAAAAGUAUGCAGCUGGACUGUGCAAAGUGUUACUUUAUGACCUUCUGUUUGGAGCUUGAAGCAUGAUCCUAGGAGUUCAAAUUGAGUCAAAGUUGCUUCCACUUGAGUUGUCUGUAAAUGUUUCCAUGGCACAUAUGUAUAUUGUGAUGCCUGCUGAGAUGAUUGGCAACCCUGGAGAUAAGGAUGCUGUGGUCUAGGAGGAUCUUCUAAAUCUUACCCUGCUGGCACUGAGGAAGAUAAAGGCAGAAGGACCUCCUGGGCCAAAUGAACCCCUGCAGUGGAAACAGCCAAUUUGUCCAUCUCUGUGUGCUGCACGCACAGGAAUCAAUCAUGCACCUACAGGCUGAACAAGCUCUGGGAGCUUUUGCAGGUUUGAGAUAAGUGAUUUCUCAGAGUCCUGCUACUCCUGGCUGGGAGAAAGCAGAGCAGAUCACAGGGUGCUUCCCUGGCACUGCUAACCCU